AUGUUACGAGAACGAUGUCACCAGCGAAGCAAAGAUAGUGUAGUUGCCGAGUGUCACGUUUCAUUCUCAUGCGAGAUUCCAUCACGUCGUCGAUCUCCUACCUUCAUAUUGAUGCCGAUGUUCUGCAAAAUCGUUAAAUCCCGGUUUUCCAAGAUGCAACUUCAUGUCACCUCAAAUGGAUUGAAGAUUGAAUCUAAGAAAAACCAGUGUGGUACCAAUUUAUGGACAUCAGAGGGAAGAAAGGCUCGGUUUGCACUAGGGCGGUUCCGAACCCGUCGACCGUGUGGCUCUAACCGUUUGCACCAGAUCCGCCCCGAAUCUAGCAAGUCCCAAACAGAAAAGAAAGAAACAAUAAUGGGUGCCUGUGGUAACUGGUGCAUAAGCCUACACAUUCUACCCAUCUGUACUGGAAGACUGUUGUGGAACCAUUCUCAAGCAUAG